CACCCUUGUACUCAUUUGGGGCAAUGCAAUCACAAACUCUUCAAGAUAAGGAAAAUCAGCCGGUUGCCUCAUAUAUACCCAUAUAUUCUCUUGGCACAGUGCAAACACAUUCUUUGCAAGAACUUCCUCAAGCCCCGCUCGAAUUACUAAACCAACCUGCUCUCGAAACGGCAUUGAGUGACUGUCAAGAUUAUACCACUCAGAACUGUGCAGAAGAAACAAGCGCACCGAUAUACGCUCUUGAACCAGUGCAUUCUUUAGAAGCCAGUAACAACGAACAAGAUGUUGCAAGUACCCUCAUGCCCUUCUUUACUGAACCGUUACAAAUAAUUGAUGACCAAGAUGCUGAGGCUCUGUGUGCGGUGUACCUGACCAGUAGUAAUCCAGACUCCAGUGGAGGGGAGCUCCUGGAAAGAAGAGAGGGAGAAAGGGAAGAAGGAUUGUCUGCCUACUUCGAGUCAGUAGAUGAAGGGAAUGGCGGCAGUGCAGCAGACGGAGGUCAAGGCUCUGAUGAUGGCUCAGAGGAAGGCCCUCAGAGUUGGGAGCAGAAGCAAGAACAACUCAAGACCCUGGAGGGAGAAUUCGCCAUCACCAUGUGGGCCGCAGAUGAGGAAAGCAAGGUGAUCUCUGAGACCGUGAGAGAAAACCAGGAGCUCCCGGAAGAAGCUUUAGCUUUGGAGAUGCCUGAGAAUCCGACCAAGAAGCCGCUCUCUCCUGGAGGACUGACUCUGAUCAAUCUCUCUGAUCCCAAACAACUAGCUGAAUUUAUCCAUCAAAAUAAAUCACCUCAUGAAGUUGAGAAAAAGCUGCCUUGCCCUCAUGAAGAUUGUCCCAAGCUGUUCAGAGAUAACUCCGCCCUGCGGAAACAUCUGCAUACCCAUGGGCCCAAGGGUCACGUCUGCGCAGAAUGCGGAAAGGCUUUCGUUGAGAGUUCCAAACUAAAGCGCCAUAAAUUAGUCCAUACGGGAGAGAAGCCCUUUCAGUGCAAGUACAAAGGUUGUGAGAAGCGCUUCUCACUGGACUUCAACUUACGCACGCACAUGCGUAUCCAUACUGGCGAUCGCCCCUACGCGUGCCCCUUUGAUGGCUGUACCAAGAUGUUUGCCCAGUCAACCAACCUGAAGUCUCAUAUCCUGACCCAUGGAAAGUCAAAAUGCUCCAAGUAAAAAGAAAGGGGAAGGAGGUGCUUUCGU